AUGAGUGUCUGGAUUCUUCUAUUGGUGGUUUUGAUUGUUCUCAAGGUUUCAGCCCUGUACAGCAGUACUGACUUCACAUUGAAGUUGAACAGUCAGAUGGUGACUUGGUGCUCAAGUAAGCUCUCUGGAAGCCCAGAUGUUCUUGAACUGGAUGAUGGCAACUCUUGCUUUGCCGAUCCUUGCCUCGACAUCUGCAUCUGUUCCACCUUGCUGGCCGAUGAUCCUGCCCAGGUAGGUGAAGAACUGUACUUCUUCCAGGGGACUUCCAUUCAGGGUGAUUGUGUUAAUGUUGCUGAAGUUGGUCUUAAGGAUCUUGGUCUUCUACUUGAGGAUGAUGAGUCCAACUUGUGCUGUUGUAGCUGCCAACACACUGAUUUUCUCUUGCAUCUGCUGCUGGAUGUGGGAGAGAAGUGUGAGGUCAUCGGCAAAGUCCAAGUCAUCCAGUUGACUCCACAAGGUCCACUGGAUUCCAUUUUUGUGUUCGCUGGUGGAUGUCUUCAUGAUCCAGUCAAUGGCAAUGAGGAAGAGGAACGGGGAUAA